AUGGCGGAUGGUGAUGUGGGAUUGAGAAGAAGAAAAGGAUUUAACGCCGAAAUUUCGUCAUCGGAAAAAGACUCAAAGAAAAUAUCAGAGGACAUUGACAAAGAGAAGGGGAAGCCACUGCGAACAAAUACUUUUUGGCUGACACGCAUUGUUUUGCUGCGUUACAUCGGCUUCAUAUACUUCGUUGCUUUUCUGGUGGCUCUUCAUCAAAACAAAGAAUUAUGUGGACAACAAGGGCUCAUUCCUGCUCAAAAGUUUUUGAAAAGAAUCCAACAAGAGACCAAAGGCAUCAACAUGCAGACAUUUACCCGGAUUCCCAGCUUGGUUUGGUUGAUAGAUUACGAGGAGAACUUGGACGAGUUUCUGGACUACACAGCGUAUGCUGGACUGGCUCUGUCUCUCUUUGUCAUCAUAGUGGGCGGGGCUAACUGGUUCAUUAUGGUUGGUCUUUGGGUUCUAUACCAUUCCAUUGUUAAUCUUGGCAGCACUUGGUAUGGUUUUGGUUGGGAAUCACAGUUGUUAGAGACGGGGUUUCUGGCCACUUUUCUGUGCCCUGUCUGGAACUUCAGUCCCAUCCCGGAGGGCACACCCACAUCAAAGAUAGUAAUCUGGGGAUUUAGAUGGCUUAUCUUUCGAAUCAUGAUUGGUGCUGGACUAAUAAAGAUUAGAGGUGAUAAGUGCUGGAGAGAUUUAACUUGUAUGAAUUACCAUUAUGAGACCCAGCCCGUGCCUAACCCCAUUAGCUAUUUCAUGCAUCAGUCUCCUGAAGUCUUUCACAAAUUUGAAACUUUGACAAACCACUUUGUGGAGCUGGUGGCUCCAUUGUUCCUCAUUGGACCUAGAAGACUAUGUAUGGUUGGAGGUGCAAUUCAAAUUCUCUUUCAGGUUGUGUUGAUCAUCAGUGGGAACCUGAGUUUCCUGAAUUGGCUGACGAUUGUACCAAGUUUGGCCUGUUUUGAUGAUCCCAGUCUGGCUUGGAUGUUUUCCAGUAAAUCAGGUUCUGUAAGAGAUCAGGUGUGUCAGCUACAACACAAGGGAACUCCGACAUUAAAAGUGGGUAACUACAUAAGACGAGUGUUUAACAUAAGUCUUGGAUGUUUGAUUGCCUACCUCAGUAUCCCUGUGGUUCAGAACCUUCUUUCUCCCCGCCAGGCCAUGAAUACCUCAUUUGAUCCCCUCAGAAUCGUUAACACGUAUGGUGCUUUUGGAAGUAUUACAAAGGAGAGAACAGAAGUUAUAUUUCAGGGAACGUAUGAUAACCCGUAUGAACCCAAUGCACGCUGGGAAGAGUAUCAUUUUAAAUGCAAGCCUGGAAACAUUAGAAAUAGGCCAUGUCUCAUUUCUCCAUAUCACUAUAGACUGGACUGGCUGCUGUGGUUUGCAGCAUUUCAGAAUUACCAGUAUAACCCCUGGCUUGUACAUCUAGCUGUAAAACUGAUGACUAAUGACCCUGGGGCCGAGUCUCUCAUAGCUCACAAUCCAUUCCAUAACAAAAAUCCACCAAAAUACAUAAGAGUAGAACAUUAUCGAUAUGUGUUCACAAAAAUAGGCAGCAAGGAUGCAAAGCUGGGUCGCUGGUGGAAGAGAAGACACAUAGGAAAUUAUCUGCCUCCAAUAUCACUGGACUCUGUUAAAGAAUUCAUGAAAAACAUGGAUUAUGAAUAUCCUAGGAUACGUAAAAGAAGGAAGCCAUGAUCUCAGUAGAUAAAGUCCGUUAUUCUUUAUUUAUUAAUGAUUUAUUUUUUAUUAUAUAUGG